GAUAAAACUAAAAAAUUAGGUUAUUGCAAGAAAUGAGAGAAGCCAUGUUCAUAGUUCUUCUAGGGUUUUUUGUGUUCACAAGCUUUGUAGAAGGGAGAGGGUUGCCUCCGGAUGAAGAUCUCGAAUUAGAGAUGCAACUUAAGAAGCUCAACAAACCGGCGAUUAAGACUGUUAAGACGAAAUACGGAGACAUCUACGAUUGCGUGGACUUCUAUAAGCAACCAGCGUUUGAUCAUCCUCUCUUGAAAAAUCACAGCUUUCAUUUCGAUAUGAGAUUAAACAGCCCAUCAAGAAGGCAUCGUGAUAUCAAAAACAAUUCUUCGGGGAUUAAAGGAGUCGGGUGUCCACGUGGCAGCGUCCCGAUUAGGAGAACCACCAAAGAAGAUCUUAUAAGGCUUAGGAACUUCACAAACAUUCACCCUCUCAAUGGCAACACGGCGGGACUCCACUAUGCAGGGGCUUAUGUGAGACCUGAAUUUGUGAGCGGAAUGAAAAUGGGAGGAGCAGAAGCUUAUAUAAGCAUAGAGAAACCUCCCUUGCCGGAUACUCGCGUGCAUUGGUUCAGUUCCGGGUUGAUAAAAAUAUCAAACGGUCCUGAAUUUAUAAAAGCUGGCUGGAUGGUAGAUCCAUUGGUAUAUGGCGAUGAUCGUCCUCGACUUUUCACACUCUGGAUAGUUCCAACGAAAGGCUGUUACGACGCGAGAUGUCCUGGAUUCGUGUCAGUCAACCAAGAUUUACCCCUUGGCUAUGUUUUCCGCGAAGUUUCAAAGUCUGGAGAACAAGUCACCGAGAUGAGAUUCUUGAUUCAGCGGGAAACGAACAGUGGAAAUUGGUUUCUUUCGAUUGAAGAAGAACAAGUAGGGUUUUGGCCGGGUAUCCUCUUCAAGGAGCUGUCCCAAUCCGCCGGCGACGUAUUUUUCGGCGGAGAAGUCUUCACUUCUCCGGGCAAUCGAGGUAUUCCUGUAGGAAACGGGCUGAUCCCGGAGAAAGACGAUCCGGAUCUUUACGCUCACCACCGUCAGAUAGCGGUGCUCGACGACCACAUGAACGUCCUUGUCCCGGCAACCGAAAGCAGAGAGGCCAAUGACAUACGUCCAGGCUACGUCAGACAGGCUACGUUGGACGAACAUUGGGGUCGGACCGUUAUGUACGGUGGUCCGGGCGUGGAGUUGCGUUGAUUAGCGCUGCCUACUUAUAUUAAUGAGACAAAAUUUUAAAAUAAAAUAAAAAUUCUGCACUCGCCGGUUUAUUAUUAACCUUCUUUUGGUGCUUUUGUGGUUUUAUGUGAAAAUGUUCGAAUAUCUUCAAUUUUCUAUAAGGAUAUGCGUUUUAUAUAAAUA